UUCUCCGACCCCGAGCUGCGCAGGGUCAUCGGCUCCGUGCAGACCCUGGGUCCGGCCAACCUGCCCCUGGACAAGCGGAUGGAGAGCUCACCAGCAUCAUGGCAUCGUCACGCAGUUACAAGAAGCUUCUGUUCGCCUGGGAGGGCUGGCACAAUGUCGUGGGCAUCCCGCUCCGGCGCAAAUACCCGGAGUACGUCCGGCUCAGCAACGAGGCCUACAAGCCAGACGGAUUCCCGGACACGGGUGCGUUCUGGCGUUCCUGGUAUGACUCCAGCCAUUUCACGGAGGACCUGGAGCGACUGUACCAGGAGCUGCAGCCUCUCUACCUGAACCUACACGCCUACGUGCGCCGACAACUGCACCGCCGCUACGGCGACAAGUUCGUCAACCUGCGCGGGCCCAUCCCCGCCCACCUGCUCGGGAACAUGUGGGCCCAAACCUGGACCAACGUGUACGACUUGGUGGUGCCGUAUCCUGACAAGCCCAACUUGGACGUCACCAGCACCAUGUUAAAGCAGGGCUGGAAUGUCACACACAUGUUCCGGGUGGCAGAGGAGUUUUUCACGUCUCUGGGACUGCUGCCCGUGCCCCAAGAGUUCUGGGACAAGUCGAUGCUGGAGAAGCCGAAGGACGGAAGGGAGGUGGUGUGUCACGCCUCCGCCUGGGACUUCUACAACAGGAAGGACUUCAGGAUCAAGCAGUGCACGGUGGUGACCAUGGACCAGCUGGCCGUGGUGCACCACGAGAUGGGCCACGUGCAGUACUUCCUCCAGUACAAGGAGCUGCCCGUGUCCCUGCGCCGGGGAGCCAACCCCGGCUUCCACGAGGCCAUCGGGGACGUGCUCGCCCUCUCCGUCUUGACCCCCGGUCACUUGCAGAAGCUCGGCCUGUUGGAUAAUGUCACGGAAGACCUAGAGAGCAACAUUAACUUCCUGUUGAAAAUGGCACUGGACAAGAUUGCCUUCCUACCCUUCGGCUACCUCAUCGACCAGUGGCGCUGGGACGUCUUCAGUGGCCGCACGCCCCCUUCCCGCUACAACUCUGAUUGGUGGUAUCUGCGAACCAAGUACCAGGGCAUCUGCCCUCCCGUCGCCCGCAGUGAAACUCACUUUGAUCCUGGUGCCAAGUACCACGUCCCGGGCACUACCCCGUAUAUCAGGUACUUCGUGAGCUUCAUCCUGCAGUUCCAGAUCCACAAGGCCCUGUGCGCCGCCGUGGACUUCCAGGGACCGCUGCACCAGUGUGACAUCUAUCACUCCGUCAAGGCCGGGGAGAAGCUCAAGGCCGUGCUGCAGGCAGGGGCCUCAAAGCCAUGGCAGGAGGUGCUGAUGGACCUGACGGGCACUAACCAGCUGGACGCCGAGCCCCUGCUCCAGUAUUUCAGCAAUUUGACCACCUGGCUGGAGGGGCAGAACAAUGCCAGCCAAGAGGUCUUGGGCUGGCCCGACUUUGAAUGGCGUCCGCCUCUGCCCGACGGCUACCCCGGGGACAUUGACAAGGUGACGGACGAGGUGGAGGCGCAGAAGUUCCUGGAGGAAUUCGACCAGACGGCCCAGCUCGCCUGGUACGAGGACACGGAGGCCUCCUGGGCGUACAAUACCAACAUCACGGAGCACAAUCGCCAGAUCAUGCUGGACAAAAGCCUGGAGGUCUCCCGGCACACCAUAGAGUACGGCAAAAGAGCCCGCCAGUUCGACGACACGGAUUUCAAGAAUUCCUCAGUCAGGCGCACCCUGAAGAAACUACGGGAUUUGGGCCGGGCGGCUCUGCCCCAAAAUGAGCUCAAGGAGUACAAUGAGCUCCUGUCAGACAUGGAGACGACCUACAGCGUGGCCAAGGUGUGUCGGAAGGAGAACGGCCCAUGUGUGCCCCUGGAGCCCGACCUGACGGAGCUGAUGGCCACGUCGCAGAAUUACGAGGAGCUACUCUGGGCCUGGCAGGGCUGGCGAGAGGCGGCCGGGAAGCCCAUCCGCCAGAAGUUCGAGCGCUACGUCGAGCUCAGCAACAAGGCCGCCCGCCUCAACGGCCACGCGGACAAUGGGGUGUCAUGGCGCGCUAUGUACGAGACCCCGACGUUUGAGCAGGACCUGGAGCGACUGUACCAGGAGCUGCAGCCUCUCUACCUGAACCUGCACGCCUACGUGCGCCGACAACUGCACCGCCGUUACGGCGACAAGUUCAUCAACCUGCACGGGCCCAUCCCUGCCCACCUGCUCGGGAACAUGUGGGCUCAGACCUGGUCCAACAUCUAUAACCUGGUGGUCCCAUUCCCAUCGGCCAGUCAGGUGGAUGCCACCCCAGCCAUGAAGAAACAGGAGUGGACUCCCAAGAGGAUGUUUGAGGAGUCGGACAAUUUCUUCAAAUCCCUGGGGCUGCUGCCCAUGCCCCAAGAGUUCUGGGAGAAGUCGAUGCUGGAGAAGCCGAGCGACGGGAGGGAGGUGGUUUGUCACGCCUCCGCCUGGGACUUCUACAACGGCAAGGACUUCAGGAUCAAACAGUGCACGACGGUGAACAUGGAGGACCUGAUCACCGCCCACCACGAGAUGGGCCACGUGCAGUACUAUCUGCAGUACAAAGAGCAGCCCGUGGUCUUCCGCGAGGGGGCCAAUCCCGGCUUCCACGAGGCCAUCGGGGACGUGUUGGCCCUGUCCGUCUCCACGCCCCGCCACCUGCAUAGCAUCGGCCUGCUGGACAACGAGGGCGAGGGCCACGAGAGCGAGAUCAACUACCUGAUGAGCAUGGCCCUGGAUAAGAUCGCCUUCCUGCCCUUCGGCUACCUCAUGGACCAGUGGCGUUGGAAGGUGUUUGACGGACGCAUCUCCAAAGAGAAUUACAACCAGGAGUGGUGGAACCUCAGGCUCAAGUACCAGGGCUUGUGCCCGCCAGUGAUUAGGUCCCAGACCGACUUCGAUCCGGGGGCCAAGUUUCACAUCCCUGCCAAUGUGCCCUAUAUCAGGUACUUUGUCAGCUUUGUGAUCCAGUUCCAGUUCCACGAGGCCCUGUGCCGGGCUGCCAAUCACACUGGGCCCCUGCACAAGUGUGAUAUCUACAAGUCCCAGGAAGCGGGGAAGCUCCUGAGGGACGCCAUGAAGCUUGGGUCCAGCCGACCGUGGCCAGAGGCCAUGCAGAUACUGACGGGGCAGCCCAACAUGUCGGCCACCGCCCUCAUGUCUUACUUCAAGCCGCUGCUGGACUGGCUCGUCACCGAGAACACUCGCCAGAACGAGGUCUUGGGCUGGCCACAGUUCACCUGGACACCUGAUGUCCCCAAAGCCCCAGAUGCCCCGACUAACAGCAAGGUCGACUUCCUGGGGAUGUCCCUGGAGCCCGGGCAGGCCGUAGCUGGCCAGUGGAUAAUGUUCACUCUCAGUCUCCUCUCGCUCGUGGGGGUCGUGGGGCUGACUGCCCACCUCUUCUUACGGAAGCCUGCCGAGAUUCACCAGUUUGGCUCCGAAGUGGAACUGAGGCACUCCUGAGGCGGGGA